GGAAGCGUUCCUGCUCAGUAGUGAACGAGGCUAAAAGUUGAAGACGCUACACGCGGCUCCGCUCCGAUAAGACGGCUUUUCAGCCGUUACAUUCCCUCAUUUGCCGAGUCGGCGCGGCUUCAUGUCGAGUUCCGGCGGACGAGUUUGAUAGUGUCGGCGUGUGCUCGGCGCCAGGUGUCGGGUCACAGAGAAGUGAUGAAAAUGUCAUCUUUAUCAUGGAGGAUUUGGCCUGCACUGGUGCUGCUUCUUUUCCCUUCCGCCGUGGCUGCAGAAGGUUUAUUUCUCCCGGAAGGAUGGUACGAAGUCUGGGUGUUUCGUUUCCUCAUCAACAUACUGGGAUAUUCCACCAUCAUCAUCCCAGGCUACUUCCUCAUUCGCUACUUCAAAAGCAUCAAUUACUUAGAUACAGGUCACGGCUUUUGCUUCCCCGUUAUAAAGACCUGCGUGUUUGGCAGCGAAGCCAAGUCAGGGCUGUUGGACGACGUGUCUGUUUCACCCAGGAAUGAAGCUAAUUCCGUUUCCACAGUCAGACAAGCCAUGAAGUUAAUUUUGUGUACAGCUGGACUUCAGGCGUCCUACCUGACAUGGGGGGUCCUACAGGAGAGGGUGAUGACCCGUUCUUAUGGAGCCUCAAUGGCAGAAGAGGAGGGGGAGCAGUUCAAGGACUCACAGUUCUUGGUCUUCAUGAACCGUAUCCUGGCUCUGACCGUGUCUGGACUGUGGUGCAUCUUGUUCAAGCAACCCCGCCACGGUGCACCCAUGUACAAGUACUCUUUUGCCUCUCUCUCCAACAUCAUGAGCAGCUGGUGCCAAUACGAGGCUCUCAAGUACAUCAGCUUCCCAACACAAGUUCUGGCCAAGGCCUCCAAGGUCAUUCCCGUCAUGCUCAUGGGAAAAAUUGUCUCCCGGAAAAGCUAUGAGUACUGGGAGUACUUCACCGCCAUGCUGAUCUCUGUAGGCGUCAGCAUGUUCCUGCUGUCCAGCACGACCAGUAAGCACCCAUCUACCGUCACCACCUUCAGCGGCAUCGUCAUCCUCAUGGGCUACAUUGUUUUCGACAGUUUCACCUCCAACUGGCAGGACAACCUGUUCAAGUACAAGAUGUCGUCAGUGCAGAUGAUGUUUGGGGUCAAUUUGUUCUCUUGUCUCUUCACUGUGGGCUCGCUGCUGGAGCAGGGCGCCUUGUUCGACUCUGUGGCCUUCAUGAUACGCCACAAAGAGUUCGCCUUCCAUGCCGUGUUGCUGUCAGUCUGCUCGGCAUUUGGCCAACUCUUCAUCUUCUACACCAUCAACCAGUUUGGUGCUGCCGUCUUUACCAUCAUUAUGACCCUGCGGCAGGCCAUCGCCAUCCUGCUCUCUUGUUUCCUUUACGGUCAUGCUGUUACUCUCGUGGGUAGCUUUGGCGUGGCCAUAGUUUUCCUGGCUCUCUUCCUGCGGGUGUAUGCACGUACACGCAUGAAGGCUGGCCGACGGCAGUCACAACCGCUCGCACAGAAAGUGUAAAACUGAAAACUGAGACCACAUUUUCUGUGGUGUCUAUUUGUGUAUAUCAGAGUUUUUUUUCCAUGAUUCUUCUUUAUUUUUAUUUCAGUUUGCAAAGGUACAGAAAAGGAGUCUGCAUUUUUCACUGUUACACAAAGAUUGUGGUCCUUGACAUUUUUGUGUUCUUCUGGUUUUCAGAGUUUUAAGAUUAACACGAUUCCCAAUCUACAAAUUGUACAGCUUCCCCAUCAGUCGUUCAGUUUACUGCAGAGUAGUCUUCUGAACCACUGUCGGGAUUGUGCGGUCAAACAAAGGUUAAUCCUUCAUUUUAAACCUUUUAUGACAUCAAAUACUUGAAGCUUUCCUAAAA